UUUGGUAACACCGUUUUCGAGAACAGUGUGACCUGUGCUGUUGACAGCAGUGUCGGAGUCGGAGUUUUGUUACGUGUAGAAAUUAAUAAAAGAAAACUCUGUGAAAAUUGUGCAAAUCAUUCUAAACAAAUAGCCAAAAGCACAAAACUCCUCAGCUCUGCCCGCAAUAAACAGUUGAUGCCGCGCACUCAGCAGAACUCGACAAAACAAAGUCCUCAAAACUCUGAAAAGUGUGUGAAAACCAACUAAUAAUAUUAUUGAUCUAUAUCAAAUUGUACCAAGGCGUUCUGCUAUCCUUGGCGCAGCACUCGAUUAACAAAACAAACAAAAAAGUGUGGUUUACUUUAUAUUUAGCAAAACAUUUUAGAUUUAAGACAAAUUAUAAUUGCAAACAAUUCUCCGUGAAGUUGGCAUGUUAAGUGUGUUCGAUGCCAGUGCGGUUAAGUGUCGUCUAUGGCCGAGUCCGUUAAAAGUCAAACGCUCUCUGCAUUGACGGAGGGGCAGCACGACGGUAGUACAACAACAACUGCAACAGCUACAGCAAUAAAUACAGCCACAGCCAAUACGCACAGGCGUUACAAUAGUUAUAAUAAUAAUAAUAAUAGCAAAAGCAAUAAUAACAUCAACAAGAAACGCAAUAUAGCAGCGGCAACAACUGCUGCUGCUGCCACAUCCACCGUAGUCGUCGCCCCCAACGUAACUGCCGCACGUCGUUCGCGCAGCAAGGGUCGCAGCCUCACAAAAGCAACUACAAAUACAAAUACAAAUACGACAACAACAACAAGCAGCAGCAACUGCAAGAACAGCAAGAAAUCCACAGCUAUCGCAGACGUUCCUCGACGCUCCACAGCAUUUGGGGGCGUAACCAGCUCGCGUUCAUCCAUCAACACCACCUCGUCAAACAACGCCAACGAUUCGUCCUUAUCGCCAGGCAGUCGCAAGCGUCAGCAUCAACAGCAGCAACAGUGCAACAGCCACAGCAACAUCAGCAACAACAACCACCAGCAACAUCGCAACAACAUCCAAUCUGCGCCCGGUGGAGAUCAGUACGUAGAGCUCAAUUCGCCGCUGAAGAAGCGUCGCGUGCAGCAGCAACAGCCACAAACAGUAGCUGCAGCAGCAGUUGCAGUUGCAUCCGUUGUCAGUGAGGUCGUCUCGCCAGGUGGAGCAACUGCAUCAGUCGAAGCCUCGCCGCACCAUCUGCUGCAGCAGCAGAAUACGCCGCGUUUGACCUCUGGCGGCGAUUGUGUGGCCCAGCGCACACGCUCCAAAACACUCACGCCCGAAGAGCUGCCCAGCACCAGCAGCGCGGCCGCAGCGCGCCAUAACAGCAGCAGCAACUGCAGCAACAACAAGCAGUAUAGUGAGAGCAGCUGCCAGCACGUGAUUGGGGCGACGCCACAGCGUGGAGCAGCCGCCCGCGCAGCAGCACGCAGCACAAGCAGCGGCGGCGGCAACAGCAGCAGCGGGGGCAACCUGCUCAACUAUUACCGCAAGACGCGCAAGGUGAGCCACACGCGCCCCAAGCCCGCGGCAACGACUGGAGCACAACUGCAACAACAGCAGGAAGAUUUGAUUGGCAAAUUCGCGGAGACAAGCAACGCGCGCUUGCAGGCCAGCAGCUCGGCGGUUAUAGCAGCCGCUGCCGCCAUAGACGCAGCUCGUCACGAGUCCAGCAGCAACAACAACGUCGCUGUGAAGCGCCUGGAUAAGAAGAGCAACAGCAACAACAAGUACACAAAGUACCGCAAAAGUUUACGCAACUAUCAGCAACAGCUGCUCGCCAGGAUUGACGCCACAGCGGACAAAAUUGGAGGCGAGGACGACGCGAACGAGGAACACAACGAGCACCCUUACGGCAGCUUGGUGGAUCAGCAGCAACAAACAGGAGGUGCCGCAGAAGUUGAGCGGGAGUCCAACAACGUAGACGCUGCGAACGCGCACUUUGAGGUCGCCAGCGGCAUCAACUCUGCCGACGAGGACGAGCAGGAGCCGGACGAAGACGAAGAUCAAGACCAGGAGGAGGAAGUGGAAGCCGAAGAGGAGGAGGUGGGUUUCUACGAGAUAGUCAACUCGGCGGAUUCAUCGUACGAGGAGGACGCCCAAAUUGUUGCCGAAGAGGACGAACUCAGCGAAGAGGAGGACGUCGACGACGAGGAGGACGACGAUCUUGAAGAGGACUUCGACGAGGAAGAAGACGAUCUCUCAGAGGGUGAAUUCGCUGAGCAUAUUAUUGGUGAACUUGGUGCAACAACAACAACAAAAGGUGCGCCAUACUCAAAACGCAGCAGCAGCAGCGGCAACAAACACACAACAACAACAACAACUCAGAACAACAACAGCAACAGCAAAGCGAACAAAAACACGCUGGCAACAUAUUCAUCAUCAGCUGCGCCUCCGACAGCGUCGGCAACAACUCCAGCAGCAGCCGCAGUCGCUGCAGCAGCAGCAACAGCAACUGGCAUAACAACAACUACAACGUCCGGCUAUCAGCGUGCCGCCCCCCCUGGCCACGGGCACGGGGCGGCACGUGCCACACGCAACAAUAGCUCUGCUGCCGCUGCUGUUGGCAUUGUUGAUUAUAGCGUGCUGGCCGCGCCACCAACAGCGGCAGCAGCAGCAGCAGUUGCCGCCACACAUAUGGCGACGCCCUAUGCACCGCCACAGCAGCAACAGUCAGUGCCGCAUCCGCAACAGUUGCUGCCCGCCCAUCAGUUUGCUGCUGCUCAUUUGUCUUCCUUUGUGACGCCAACAGCGCCAGCAGCAGCAGCGCAACAUUUUCAAGCGGCAGCAUAUUUCACAGCCGCACAGCAGCAGCAGCAACAUCAUCAACAGCAUCCACAACACCAACACCAUCAUCAGCAGCACCAACAGCAACAGCAACAACAUCAUCAGCAGCAACAGCAACGACAGCAGCCGCAUUAUUAUCAUAGUUCAGCUGCUGCUGUCGCUGUGCUCAAUCUGCAGCAGCAACACCCACAACCACAUCACUAUAACUCCACAGGGACGCAACAGCCACGCACAGCGCCGCCGCCGCCCAUUAUCUAUCAGCAGCAGCGUUACGCAGCAGCAACAUUUGUGCCGCCGCCAACGGCAGCGCAGCAACAGCAGCAACACGCGGCCUACGCACAACAGCAGCAGCAGCAUUCUUCACUGCGCCGCAGUUCACGUAGCAAAACGGGUUCCUGUGUCAGUUCCGCAGCAGCCGCACAGCAGCAGCAGCAGCAUCAUCUGCAACAGCAGCAACAUCAAUUGGCAGCAGCUGUUGUUGUUGCGCCCGGCAACGCGGCUGCUGCUGCACAACAGCCACAGCCGCCAAGCCAUUAUCAAUAUCAUCAUCAGCAAUUGGGCGGCAAUACGGUGGUUGUUGCUGUGCGUCAGCAUCAACAGCAGCAGCAGCAGCAACACGCGGCUCUUCAGCAGCAACAUCAGCAACUGCAUCAGCAGGCGCUGCAACACCAACAACAACAACAACAGCGUGCCACAAUUGUUCAGCCUGGUUUUCUGUUCAGCUACCGCAGCAAUCAUAGCCAGCCGCCACAGCAGCAACAGCAGCAGCCCAAAGCGACGCACAGCAGUGCAGCUUCGGAUGCUUUAACAUAUAGUUUGAUGGCACAACAGCAACAACAUCAAGCGCCAAAUGGACCGCCGCAUGCAGGUGGACAGCAACUGACGUCAGGCACUAAUUCGGCCAAUCUCAGCAUUGUCGCAGCCGCAUUGAGCGCCGCACGCGACUCCGCAGUCAACGUCAACGUUAGCAGCGCAGUGGGCGCCAACAGCAGCAGCAGCGCUGGCGGCGGCGGCAGCGGCAACAUUGCCUCAGCCAGCGGCAGCAGCAACAAUGUAACCACAACAACAUCAUCGACAGCAGCAGCAACUGCAUCCGCUACUGCUGCUGCACAAUCGACAACAGCAACAGGAGCGGCGGCUGCCACAACAGGCGCUGCUGCUGCUGUGAAUGCUGCGGCCGCAGCUGCUGCUGCUGCUGCUGCAGCGGCAGCGGAUUCGGAAAGCGAUGACAGCGAAGUGGGACGUCUUCAGGCUCUGCUUGAGGCACGCGGCCUGCCGCCUCAUCUAUUUGGGGCAUUGGGGCCACGCAUGACCCACAUCCUGCAUCGGACCAUUGGCAACAGCAGCACCUCAAAGGCGAAUCAGCUGCUGCAGGGUCUGCAGUCGCACGAUGAAUCCCAGCAGCUGCAGGCAGCCAUCGAGAUGUGUCAAAUGCUGGUCAUGGGUAACGAGGAUACGCUCGCUGGCUUUCCCGUCAAGCAGGUGGUGCCGGCUCUCAUCCAGCUGCUGCGCAUGGAGCAUAAUUUCGAUAUCAUGAACAAUGCCUGCCGCGCCCUGGCCUACAUGCUGGAGGCACUGCCUCGGUCCGCCGGCACUGUCGUGGAGGCGGUGCCCGUCUUUCUGGAGAAACUACAGGUUAUCCAGUGCAUGGACGUGGCCGAACAGAGUCUGACCGCACUGGAGAUACUCUCGCGCCGUCACAACAAGGCCAUUCUGCAGGCAAAUGGCAUCAGCGCCUGCCUGACCUAUUUGGAUUUCUUCUCGAUUGUGGCCCAACGUGCCGCCUUGUCGAUCACGGCCAAUUGCUGCCAGAACAUGCACGCCGAGGAGUUUCAUUUCGUGUCGGAGAGUCUGCCUCAGCUUGCCCGGCUGUUGUCGCAGCAGGACAAGAAGUGUGUGGACAGCGUUUGCACCGCCUUCUGGCGUCUGGUCGAGAGUUUCCCCCACGAUGGCAAGCGACUGCAGCAGAUCGCCAGCCCCGAUCUGCUCAAGAACUGCCAGCAGCUAUUGUUGGUGACGCCGGCCAUACUCAAUACGGGCACCUUCACCAAUGUGGUGCGCAUGCUGAGCCUCAUGUGCGCCGCCUGCCCGGAUCUGGCCAUUUCGCUGCUGCGCAACGAUAUAGCCUCCACAUUGCUUUAUCUGCUCACCGGAAAUGCGGAGCCGGCGGAAGCCAGUGCCAAUCAUGUGGAUCUGGUCACACGUCCGCCGCUCGAACUGCUCGAGCUGACCUGCUUAAUUGGCGAGCUAAUGCCACGCCUGCCACUGGAUGGCAUCUUUGCCGUGGACGCUCUACUGGAUCGGCCCACACUCAAUACCCAGGACCAGGUGCAGUGGCAAUGGCGCGACGAUCGCGGCGCCUGGCACAACUAUUCGACAAUUGAUUCGCGUCUAAUUGAGGCAGCGCACCAGAGCAGCGAGGAUGAGAUUAGCCUGAGCACACUGGGACGCACCUACACGGUCGACUUUCAUGCCAUGCAACAGAUCAACGAGGACACGGGCACCACACGACCCGUGCAGCGCAAACACAAUCCCAAUUAUGUGGCACCCGCGGCAGCAGCAGCGGCCGCAGCAGCAGCAGUUGCAAGUGGACAGGAUUUGAGCACAACUGGUGCAACAGCAGCGGCAACCACAUCGACAGCAGCAGCGGCUGCUACAGCCAGCAGCAACAACAACAACAACAACAAUAACAACAACUCGUCGCAUCUGGCGGUAAAGCGACGACCCUCGUUAGACGCUCGGAUCGCCUGCCUGAAGGAGGAGCGCGGUCUGGCCGCCGAUUUCAUCAAGCACAUCUUUAACGUACUGUACGAGGUGUACAGCUCCUCGGCGGGUCCCAAUGUGCGCUAUAAAUGUCUGCGCGCCCUGCUGCGCAUGGUCUACUAUGCGACGCCGGAGCUGCUGCGCCAGGUGCUCAAGUAUCAGCUGGUAUCCAGCCAUAUUGCCGGCAUGCUGGGCAGCAACGAUUUGCGCAUCGUGGUCGGUGCUCUGCAAAUGGCUGAGAUUCUGAUGCGCCAGUUGCCCGAUGUAUUUGGCACGCAUUUUCGUCGCGAGGGCGUCAUCUAUCAGUUCACACAGCUGACCGAUCCCAGCAAUCCCAUAUGCGCCAAUCCCUCGCCCAAGCCGCUGAGCACCAGCGCCACGCCCACGGCAAAUGCUGGUGGGUCACAAAGCGCGCCAGCCUCGGCGAAUAGCCUGCAGGUGAAUCCCUUCUUUAUGGACAAUGUGAGCGCUGCCUCAGCCGGCUCAGCGACAACUGGUGGUGGCUCCAGCAGCGCCAAUGCAACGCCCAGCAGCUCGAAGCAUCAAUCGUACAGCGUGAAGAGCUUCUCGCAUGCCAUGAACGCGCUCACCGCCAGCGCCAAUGCGGUGGUCAAGCAACAACACCACCAGCAACAUGGACAUCAGCAUCAGCAGACAGCAACUGUUGCGGCUGCUUUGGACGCAACUGGAGCUGCUGCUGGCUACAACUACAGCAGCUCCGCGCCCUGCUCCUCUGGAGCUGUCGCCUCUGCGGCGCCUGCACCCGCUGCCUACUUUGUGGCCGCCACAGCAGCUGCUGAUCCACGCCAGUAUCUGAAUUUCCAGCAGCCAGCUGCGCCGCUCGAGCUGCUGCCCAACAAUGCAGCACAGCAGCAGCAACAGUUGCCUCCCACACAGAUCGUCUAUAGCAAUGCGCCGGGUGUCACCAACUACCAGCAGCAGCAGAUGACUGUGGCCGUUGCCUCCACCAGCGCCGCAGCUGCCAACAGCAGCAGCGCCAACAACAACAACAGCAGCAGCAACAAUUGCUCCUCCUCGGCGCUGCAGCAUAAAAUGACGGACAUGCUGAAGCGCAAGGCGCCGCCCAAGCGCAAAUCCCAGAGUAGCGGACGCGCCAAGUCCAGGCAGGAGGAUGCCGCAGCAGCUGCUGCCGCCAGCUCGGCCAGCUCUGCUAUGCACGAGCUGCUCAGCCGUGCCACGAGUCUUGGCAGCAACACUGGUGGCCGCAGCACGCCCAGCUCUGGUUCUGGCUCUGGCUCCGGUUCAGGCUCCGGCACCGGCACCGGCUCAAGCAAUUCAAAGUCUCGCUUUAGCGCCGGCAACACAAACAACACCACAAGCAGCUCCUCGACCAAAUCCUCAUUUCUGGCCUCGCUUAAUCCGGCACGCUGGGGCCGCCAGGCGGCGCACCAUCAUCAGCAGCAAUCCACCGGAUCGCACCACGGACUUACCAAAGAUGGCAGCAACACCACCAACAGCAGCGGCGGCAGCUCCUCGACUGGUGCUGGCGCCUGCGGCUCUGCUUCGGGCCUGACCUAUACGGGCUCUGGUGCCGGAGGCAUGAAUGCCGCCGCUGUGGCGGCCAGCAUUAGCAAGAGCAUCUCGCAUGCCAAUCUGAUGGCGGCGGCCAAUCGGGAGCGUGCCCGACAAUGGGUGCGCGAACAGGCCAUCGAUUUUGUCAAACGCUACACGGAGCAGGAGGCGCGGCGCAGCAAGGCACGCGAAAGCGAGGGCGGCAACAGUGCCGCGGGCGGAGCAGCGACUGGUGGAACCGGUGGCUCCAGCUGCGCAUCAUCAGUUGCCUCGGCAACCACAUCGCUGGCCAGCACCAGCGUCCUGGAGCGUCUGUCGAGCAUUCUGCUCAAGCUGAACGGCAGCUAUCACGACUGCCUGGAUGCGCUGCUCGAGCUGAAGACCAUACUGCUGGAGAGCGAUAUCUCGCCCUUCGAGGUGAACCACUCGGGUCUGAUAAAGGCCAUGCUCAACUACAUGACCAGUGAAUCGGGUCUGGUGGAGCGCGAUGCGCGUUUGCGCAGUUUUAUGCACGUCUUUGCCGGGCUGCCGCUGGAGCCGCUGCUCCAGAAUGUGGGCCAGCUGCCGGCCAUUGAGCCGCUCGCCUUUGGCGCCUUUGUGGCCAAGCUAAAUGGCUGCGUCACGCAGCUGGAACAGUUUCCGGUCAAGGUGCACGACUUCCAGGCCGGACCCGGUGGGCGCACCAAUCAGAGCGCGCUGCGUUUCUUCAAUACGCAUCAGCUGAAGUGCAAUCUGCAGCGUCAUCCACAGUGCAGCAAUCUGCGUCAAUGGAAGGGCGGCACCGUCAAAAUCGACCCCCUGGCCAUGGUCCAGGCCAUCGAACGAUACUUGGUGGUGCGCGGCUAUGGCGGCAUACGCGCCGACUCUGACGAUGACAGCGAGGAGGAUAUGGACGAUAAUGUGGCCGCCGUGGUGAUGACCCAGUCGGGCUUCAAGCACAAGCUGCAGUUUCUCAUUGGCGAGCAUGUCUUGCCCUACAACAUGACCGUCUACCAGGCGGUCAAACAGUUCUCACCGCUGGUCAACGAGCAGCACGAGACGGACAACGAGUCGGAGAUGCUGCUAGGCAACAGCAGCAUUUGGGUGCAGCAGCACACCAUCUACUAUCGCCCCGUCGAGGAGGAGUUGCUCGCCGCCGGCUCUGGUGCCAACAGCUCUUGCAGCAGCAGCAGCGGCAGUCAGGCCCACAAGCAGCUGGCCCACAGCAGCAGCAGCGGCGCUAACCAUGGCACGUCCAGCGCCGCCGGUUCGGGCUCCAACUCCACGUCAUCCCAUUCGGCGGCCAGCUCGAGUGCUACUGCCGCCGCCGGCAAGAAGUCGCACAAGUCCAGCAGCAAAUUCAUGCGCAAGAAAACGGAAUUGUGGCACGAGGGUAUUGCCCCGCCGAUGCUGUCGCCGCUGAAGCCAUUCCUGUGCAGCUGCCUGCCCGGGGAUGUGGUCACCGUGCAGGACGCCUCUCUGGAUGCGCUGUGCAUGCUGCGCGUCAUCUAUGCACUGAAUCGCCACUGGGAGCAUCUUUAUGGCUGUGUGGUGCGUCAAAAUAUCAUUGCCAAUGCCGAGUUUGUGCAUCCGAAGAUCACGGCUAAGGCGAAUCGUCAGCUGCAGGAUCCGUUGGUCAUCAUGACGGGCAAUCUGCCCCAAUGGCUGCCACAGAUUGGCAUGGCCUGCCCAUUCCUGUUCCCCUUCGAGACGCGCCAUUUACUGUUCUACGCCACCAGCUUUGAUCGGGAUCGUGCACUGCAGCGACUGCUGGACACCACGCCGGAUCUGAACUCGGCGGAGUCGUCGGAGCGUGUGGCGCCGCGUCUGGACAGGCGCAAACGGGCCAUUUCACGCGCCGAGCUACUCAAGCAGGCCGAGCACAUACUCCAGGACUUUGGUAACUCCAAGGCGCUGCUGGAGAUCCAGUACGAGAAUGAGGUGGGCACUGGCCUGGGACCCACGCUGGAGUUCUAUGCUCUGGUCUCUGCCGAGCUGCAGCGCACCGAUCUGGGCCUGUGGAAUGGCAGUGACAGCUAUCGCCAUAACUCAUCCAAUAUUGCGGAUGUGGUCAAGUCCAGCAGCGCUGUGCUGCACAUCGAGGAUGCACUGGAGCCCAACAGCGAGACGGCUGUGCUGACCACAGUGGUUAGCAGCACCACCAACAGCACCUCACAAACAACGACGAACGCACAUCUGACCCGCAGCAGCAGUCGCAGCAAUGCGCUGCGCCACCAGCAGCAGCAACAGUUGCUGGCGGAGCACAGCUCCUCCAGCUCGAAUGAUAACGCUUUAAACAUGAUCAUCGCACAGCAGUUUAGUGAUAUGGCGGCCACUGAUGGUGGCGCCAACAACUCCCCCCAAGUGCUCGAGCAGCAGACGACGACGACAACAACAGCAGCUGGAACGGUCACAGCAACAACAACAACAAUACAGACUGCAUCCACCAUCAGCUAUGUCCACACGGCGCACGGCCUGUUCCCAUUGCCGCUUGGCAAAUCCUCCAAGCUGCCACAAAUGACCAAGGCCAAGUCCAAGUUUAAGUUCCUGGGCAAGUUUAUGGCCAAGGCGGUAAUGGACAGUCGCAUGCUGGAUUUGCCAUUCUCUCUGCCCUUCUACCGCUGGCUGGUCAGCGAGGAGCUCUCAAUUGGACUGUCCGAUUUAAUGCGCGUGGCGCCCGAGGUGCAGACCACGCUGGUGCGUCUGCAGGAUGUGGUGCGCCAGCGCGAGGAUAUCCAAACGGAUGCCAAUCUGGAUGCCAUGGAGAAGAAGGAAAAGAUGGAGCAACUGGAUUUGGAUGGCUGCCCCAUUGCCGAUUUGGGCUUGGACUUUGUAUUGCCCGGACAUGCCAAUAUUGAGCUCUGUCGCGGCGGACGCGAUACGCCCGUAACCGUGCACAACUUGCAUCAGUACAUCUCGCUGGUCACCUACUGGUUCCUCGUCGAGGGCGUGCAGAAGCAGUUCGAAGCGCUGCGCGAGGGCUUUGACUCCAUUUUUCCGAUACAACGCCUGCGCAUGUUUUAUCCGGAGGAGCUGGAGUGCGUGUUUUGCGGCUCUGGCAGCGAACAGCAUCAGCGUUGGGAUCUCAAAAUGCUGCAGGACAGCUGCCGCACCGAUCAUGGCUUCCAUCAGGAAUCGCAAGCCAUACAAUUUCUCUACGAGAUUCUCGUCUCUUACAAUCGUGAUGAGCAGCGAGCGUUCCUUCAGUUUGUGACAGGCUCGCCUCGCCUGCCAACUGGCGGCUUCAAGUCGCUGACCCCGCCGCUGACCAUUGUGCGCAAGACCUUGGAUGGGAAUCAGAAUCCCAAUGAUUAUCUACCAUCUGUGAUGACCUGUGUCAACUAUCUCAAGUUGCCGGACUACUCCAGUCGUGAUGUGAUGCGACAGAAGCUGAAAGUGGCUGCCAACGAGGGCAGCAUGUCCUUCCAUCUGUCUUAAAAAGAAAAACAAAAGCAAAUAUUAACUAAACAAAACGUUAUACACUCACACCCACACACACUCGAUUACACUCUAUAUAGUACUAUCUAUCUGUAGUAUCUGAUGAUAGUAUCUCUGUAAAACACUGCAGCAACCGGACCCAAACAACAACAAAAACGACCUUCAAAUGUUUGCGCACUUCUGCAAUUUCUCUCUUUCUCUUUUACACACAUACGCACACCCAAAUACACACACACACGCACACUCUACAAUUGGCCAAAUUUCGAUAUAUCAUAUAUAUAUUAUAUAUAUUUUGUAAUAUUCUCAAAUUUGCAAAAAAACAAAAAAAAGAAACAAAAAAAUGUGACACUGGCUCACUUUUGCGUGUGUGCAGCCUGUUGUUAAAACCACCCACAACCCCACCCACACUCAUACAUACACUUGCCCCCUCUCUGCAUAAGUGGUUGCAUUCACACACGCACACACACACACACACACCCACACACACACCCACACCCACACCCAAAAACACACACUAAACAAAAAAGGCCAACAAUUAAAAUGCUAUUAAAUAAAUUAAUUAGUAAAGCGCAUAAAUUGCAAGAAAACGAAAAUGGAAAAUCGAGUUUUCAUCGUUUUCCACCUAAAUUUGUUUAGUUUCAAAUACUUGGAUUUGGCUUUUGUUCAUAUUUUUGAAUUAAUCAAUCCAUAUUUUGCUAUUAAGUUUUUGUUAUGUUGCGGGCGCUUCGAAUGUUUUUAUUUUAUGUGUAUAUUCUCUAUAAGCAUUCAAAUGGAAACGCUUAUUUAUGCUAUACAUACACAUAUAUAUGCUAUAUAUUACUGUGGCAAUCUGAUAAUGCGGCAAUUUAGUUUGAUUUCCCCUCAAAACUUAUAAAUAUAUGUAGAAAUGAAAUGAAUUCAAAGCAAAAUAAACGUAUAAAUAAUAAAAAGAACGCCCACCCUUGAAAUUUAAAUUUAUGAAUAAUACAUUUAUAUAUAUACAUAAAUAUAUAUAGAAAUAUGCAUAAUUAUAAUUAUAAAAUUAAAAGAACAUACACUUAUGUAUCUAACAAGCCGCCCUUGAGCAAUUCAUCUGCAAGCUGUGUCAACUUGAAUGAAAUAGCCAACAAAGCUGGAGAGAGAAAGGGCAAAAGGAGCAGCAAUUGAUUGGAAAGGAAAGACCAGGAAGAACUGGGAGUUCGCUAGCGUUUAGUUCACAUUAUAUAAACAAUAUCUAUAUAAUCAUACUUAUAAAUAAAUCAAAUAUCUAUUGAAUAACUGUAA